AUGGGGCUCUUGCACAUGGGCACUUGGACCCUCCUGCUCUCACUUCUGCUUCCCAGAUCAGCUACAGGGCUAUUCCACGUAAUUGGACCAAGAGCACCACUCAUUGCUGUGCUAGGAGGAGAGGUUGUGUUGUCCUGCCACCUCAGCCCAUCCAUGGAUGCUCAGAACAUACAGAUGACAUGGUACCAUGAUAAUCGGCAACAUGUGGUUUAUUAUUAUGGGGAUAGUCAAGAUAAUUUGCAGCAGCAGAGACCAGAGUACCAAGGGAGAACAGAAUUCCUGAGUGAGAAUAUCACCAAGGGUCAGGUGGCCCUGAGGAUCCAUCCCAUCCACCUGUCAGAUGAAGGGAUGUACAGCUGCUCUUUCGUAAACUCCACACACUCUGACAGAGCACAGUUCAAAGUUGUGGUCACAGUUUCAGGUAUGGCGCCUCAUAUUCACAUUGAACCCACUAACUUCAGAGGCAUUAAGCUGACUUGCACAUCCAUGGGGUGGUACCCAGAGCCUGAGGUGAAAUGGAGGGACCUACAAGGACGAGCUUUGGCACCAGACACUGAUACAAUGACAACAGGAAGAGAUGGCCUGGUUCUUGUGGAAACAUCUAUCACAGUGGGUGAAAAUUCAGGAGGACGUGUGUCCUGUUUCAUAAGGAACCCAAUCCUAAAUGUGGAGAAGGAAUCACACAUUUCCAUUGCAUAUAUGACAUUUUACUUUAUAAAAAUGCAUGUGUUGAUAUGCAAAAGAAUUCCAAGGAUCUCCCAGAAAGUUUUCUGUGGUGAAUUCAGAGAAGUUCCAGUAGAAGUUAGCUUCAAAAAUGAUGACAUGUUUAAUGCCGGCAAGUGUGGACUCUGUCUCAAGUCCCCCAUGGGAGAAUUCAAAGGAGUAGAUUUUGAAGGUUGUAUUGCAAUGGAUGAGGAGGAGGCAGCCUGUAGCGAGCCUGACCCAGAAGCAAUUUUCCAAACAAUAUUGACUAGAGUACAAACCAGUAUUAAAGCACAAGAACCAGCUGAUGAAAUGGAAGUAUCAAAUUCCGUGAAGAUCUUGAUUCAAGAAGUUUCCUAUGAGCAGAGGGUCUGA